AUGGAAACUCAUACCCAUACUCAUAACGCUACUAAUGCCAAUCAAGCACAAAACUCAAGUAGAAUCAAUUAAUUUUUAUAUGAUAUAGAUGCCCCAGCUAGAUUGCAUGUUCUCAACUCAUUCAGCAAGACUAAGGAGCUAUUUGUGCCCAAUCAUUCUGAUUAAAAUGUGGUUACCUGGUACAUGUGUGGGCCGACUGUUUACGACGAUUCCCAUAUUGGCCAUGCUAGGACAUAUGUGUCAUCUGAUAUCAUCAAGAGAAUUCUAAGAGACUACUUCGGCUAUGAUGUAAAGAUGUGCAUGAAUAUCACUGAUAUUGAUGACAAGAUCAUCCGUAAAGCUAUCGAGUCAGGUCAAAGAUUUGAUGAGAUCAGCAGAAAGUAUGAGACUGAUUUCUUGCAAGAUAUGAAGGACUUGAAUGUUGAACUUCCUGAUGUCAUCACAAGAGUAUCAGAGUUUGUUCCAGAAAUUAUUACCUUUACUGAAAAGAUUAUUGCCAACGGCUUUGCUUAUGAGUCAAAUGGCUCAGUAUACUUUGAUGUAGCAAAGUUCAAUGAUGGUGAGAAGCAUAAAUAUGCAAAGCUUGAACCAACUUCAGCCACUGAUACUGAGAAACUCAAAGAAGGUGAAGGAGUGCUUACAGAUGCAGAAACCACUGAGAAGAAAAAUCAGUUUGACUUUGCUCUCUGGAAAAAGUCAAAGCCAGGUGAACCAGUUUGGGACUCACCUUGGGGACAAGGAAGACCAGGAUGGCACAUUGAAUGCUCAGCAAUGGCUGCUGAGUUCUUUAAAGAAUUCCCAAUUGACAUUCACUCUGGAGGAAUUGAUCUAAGAUUCCCUCAUCACGAUAAUGAAAUUGCUUAAUCUGAGGCUUAUUACGACUGUGACAACUGGAUAAACUAUUUCAUUCACACAGGUCAUCUCCACAUUGAAGGAAAGAAAAUGUCCAAGUCUCUAAAGAACUUCAUUACCAUUAGAUACAUUCUCGACCAAUACUCUGCAAGAUAGAUUAGAUUCUUAUUCUUGCUUCACAACUGGGAUAGUUUGAUGAACUAUUCAACUCUUAAAUCCAUGCCCGAAGCCAUUGAGAAAGAAAGAAAAUUCUCUGAGUUCUUCAAGAACCUCAAGGCAAUCAUGAGGUAAUGCGACAUUCAAACUACAGAGUAGAAAUGGAAUGCCAAGGACUAUGAACUCGAUACUCUUCUCACUCAGAAGCAAGUACUAGUUCACGAAAGACUAGCAGACAGCUUUGAUACUCCAGCUGCUGUCAACCACCUUUCAGAUAUCAUUUCUGCUACUAACACUUACUUGCAGCAAGAUAAGAAGCUGAUUAAACUUCCAUUAUUGAGAAAGGUUUCCAAGUAUGUUCUAAGAAUCCUUAAAGUCUUUGGUGUUUACGACGAUGAUGUAUUCCCAGCUUAAGUUGAAGGUCAGACUCAAAAUAAAGAAAAGAUGAUUGCACCAUAUGUUAACGCUUUAUCUAAAUUCAGAGACUUAAUUAAGGAAAAUGCUGAUAAGGGUCCAAAGGAUUUAAUGGUGUUGUGCGACUAGCUAAGAGACGAUGUCCUUCCUCAUUUAGGCAUAAGAUUAGAGGAUAGAGCAAAGGGAGUAGAAGCAAUUUGGAAAUAUGAAGAUAAAGACGUGCUAUUAAAGGAAAAAGAAGCUAAAAUCAAGGAGAAAGAGAAGAAAGAAGAAGAAAAGAAACAAAGAAAGGAGCUUGAACUUAGAAAGAAAUCUACACCUGGUUCAGAGUGGUUCAAGGUAUUCUUUGCUGACAAGUAUUCUUAAUUUGAUGCUGAAGGACUUCCAACUCACGGACCCCUAAAGUAAAAGGCACCUGGAGCAGAUGGACCAGAGUAAGUUUAGGGAGAACUACUAAGUGAGUCCAUUAGAAAUAAACUGAAGAAAGAGUAAAAUAAACAAGAUCAAGUCUAUCAGAAAUACUUAAAGGAGUUAGAGUCCCAAGGCCCUUCAAAGCAGGAACAUGAGGAGGAGAAAGCUCAAUGA